GACACUUCUCAUGCUGCAGCUAGGUAACACUUUUGCAAACUAUGUUUUUUUUUUGUAUGAUAUAAUAAGAUGGGUGUUUUCAAACGUUUGCUUGUGUAGGGCGUAUGAUCGAGCUGCUGUCAAGUUCAGGGGACUGGAGGCUGACAUCAAUUUUAUUAUCAGCGAUUAUGCAGAGGAUCUCAAGCAGAUGGCGAGUCUUUCCAAAGAGGAAGUUGUGCAACUACUUAGGCGACAGAGCUCUGGUUUCUCCAGGAAUAAUUCAAGAUAUCAAGCAGUUGCUAUGCAAAAGAUUGGCGGGUGGGGAGCUCAACUGAAGCAGUUGAAUGGACACAUGGCUUAUAAUAAGGCAGCGACAAAGUGGAGUGGAAGGGAGGUUGCUUCCUUAAUUGAGCCUCAUGCAUCCCGGAUGAUUCCCGAGUCAGCUAAUGUUAAGCUCGACCUUAGUUUGGGAAACUCCCUUUCCCUUGGAGAUAGUCCAAAGCAAACAGAAAGGGCUCCAUGGCUUCAUCAUGCCCCUAACAGUAACCUAUGUGGAAAGAACUCCAUGGUGGAGAACCACAUGACUGCAGCAACAUGUGAUACGCCUUUCAAUUUUCUAAAGAGGGGUUCAGACCACCUUAUCAACUGCCAUGUCCAUCCUUCUGCCUUCUUUUCACCCGUGGAAAGAGCACCAGAGAAAGGUUUUAUGUCACAUUCACCUCAAAGCUUCCCAGCCAGGAUAUGGAAAGCGCAAGAAGCCUCAACAGCUCUUGCAUCGCCACUGUACUCAAAUGCAGCAUCAUCAGGAUUCUCACUCUCAGCUACACGCCCACCUUCUUCAUCCACUGCUACUACUCAUCAUCCUUCUCAGCCUUUCCUCAAUCUGAAUAUGUCCAGUCUCUAUGUCAGUCACCCAUCUGAUCAUGCAGCUCAGCAACACCACCUCCAUCUCAUGAACCGCUCACAACCACCACCAUAAGCAUACCUGCCUUCUCCACCAAACUCAAGGUUCUAAACAGCUCUGAAAGUUUGAAUAACCUGGACCAGACUGUGAAAGGCCAACCCCAAAAUCUAUUGCACUGCCUUUGCCAUUGUUUGGUUCGCAUUGUAUGUAACAGAGACUAAUAAAAAAAAACAGAAACCAAAACCUAUUUGUCAUAUUAUUAUGUACUAUGUCUCUGAGAUUAAUAUAUGAUGGACAACCUUGUUCAAACAAUGUAAGCUCAAUGCAAUCUAUUUGUAUUAUAAAAUAGGAUACUUGUCCCCUUAUUGACAAG